AUGGCGAGCCAGGCCAGCAAACCAAUCAACAUCAGGAAGUCCAAUGAGGAUCGCCGUAGUGAGGACAGCGAUCGCCCAAUGCUCUCUGCCGGCACCAUGGAGGCUCUGAACGAAUUCCUAUUGGAGACCCAAGCUGCCGCCAAUGGCACACAGAACCCCUUUGCAGAAAAUUGGGGGCUCUCACAGGCAAGGACUCUAUUCUGGUACACAGAGGAGACUGCUGGCCAUGUUGCAAGGGAGUGCGUGGAGGCAGCGGGUCCCAGUGGCCGCAUAGCCUGCAUUGCCUGCCCGUCCCUCUUCAGGCAGCUGCGCGCUCACUUCCCGGAUGCGAACGCACACCUCUUUGAAACGCUGGGAAAUUUCUCCCUCUACGAUUACAGGAAACCUCAUGCUGUGCCGGAUGAGCUGAAAGGAGCCUUCAACGUUGUCGUGGCAGAUCCACCUUAUCUGAGUGAGGAGUGCCUGCAGAAGACAGUUGAGACAAUGAAGGUGCUGGCCCGGAAUGAAAUCCCAAAGUUCUAUCUGCUCACUGGGGGGACCAUGAAGGAGCCUGCGAGGAAGCUGCUGGGCCUCAGGCCGACUGUCUACCGACCUCAGCACAAAACGAAGCUUGGGAAUGAGUUCCUGCUGUACACAACGUCAGAGGCGGCUGCAAACAGGCUGGGCGGCUGGGAUGAUGCAGCUUGA